AUGGAUGUAGAAACAUUAAGUGAAAUAGGAAAAGGGAAUUCUGUUGGUCAGAAUAUUCAUUUUUGCCCUUUCUAUGCUACUAGAGAAAUACAAAUGAAUGUCAUAUUAUUUUUAUUACCAUAUAAUUAUUUAUUUGAAGAAAGUACACUGUCAUUUAAAUUAAAAGAUACAGAUUUGAAUUUUUUUCUAGAAGCUUUAAAAGCAACAUUAACCAUAUUAGAAAAAGUAAAUGAAAUAGAUAAAGAAAUAAAAGAUAAAAUUAAUAUUGAUGAAUUAUUUAUUUUGAAUAGAACUAUGAUUGAAUUAUUAAAUAAAUAUACAAAUGAUUUUAAAUUAUCUCAAAUGGAUGUAAAAAAUAUUAAUAGAUUUAUAGCUAGUAUAGAUCAUGUUAAAAAAGCAUUUGGUAUAUUAUUUAGUGAUAUAGUAAAAAAUUGUAUUGAAUAUUUUAAUUUAUAUAUAAAUGAAGAAAAGAUAAACAAUACAGACACAUACAAUAAUUACAACAAUAAUUACAACAACAAUAAUAAUAAUAAUAAUAAUAGUGUUGGUGGUAGUGUGGAUUCUAUGAAUUUUAUUAAUAGUGGUAAAUAUUAUGAUGGUAUGAAUCGUUUUAUAAAAAAAAAAAUUGCAUAUGACAAUAAUAAUAAUGAUAUAUUUGGAAAUAAUAAUAUUUAUAGUAAUACACCAUCAAAUACAUUAAACAAUAAUAAUAAUAAUAAUAAUAAUAAUAAUAGUGGUGUAUGCAAAACUAUUUCUUUGUUGUGUUUUUCAGCUACAGCUAGCUUAUGUGGAAUAAUAAAAGAAAAAAUUAAUUCCAUAAUAGUAACCUCUGGAACUCUUUCACCUAUUGAACCAUUUUCAAAACAAUUAAGUGGGAAUUAUUUUUCUUUUAAACAUAUAUUAGAAAAUGAUCAUGUUAUAAAAUCACAUCAAUUAUUUGUAGGAUGCAUGACUCAUUAUAAUAAUCAAAUAUUAUUAUCAACAUAUGAAAAUAGAGCAAAUGAAAAUUAUAUUCGAUCCUUAGGAAAUUGUAUUUUUGAUAUUAUUGUUUGUAUUCCUUAUGGAGUGUUAAUAUUUUUUUCAUCAUAUAGCUCAAUGACUGAAACUGUGAAUUCAUGGAAGAGAAUGAAAAUAUACGAUAAAAUAAAUACAUAUAAAACAAUAUUUGUGGAACCUAAUAAAGCUACAGAUUUAAAAGAUAUUUUAGAUCAAUAUGAAAUUCUUAUUAAAAAAAAAAGAAAAGGUGCUAUACUUAUGGGUGUGUGUCGAGGUAAAAUAUCUGAAGGAAUAGAUUUUAAAGAUGAUUGUUGUCGUGGUGUUAUAAUUUGUGGAUUACCUUAUGGUAAUGUAUAUGAUAGUAAAAUAAUUUUUAAAAAAGAAUUUCUAGAUAAUUUUAAAUAUAAUAAAAUUGAAGAAGGUUCUAAUACUUCAAAUAUAACAUCAAAUAAUAAUAUAUCCAAAGGAAAUAAAUGGUAUAAUGAAGAAGCUAUGAGAUCAAUUAAUCAAUCUAUAGGAAGGGUUAUUAGACAUAAAAAUGAUUAUGGAGCGAUUUUUUUUUUAGAUUCACGUUUUUCUAAUAAUCAAAGAAUUAAAGAAAUAUCUAAAUGGGUUAGAACACAUUUUAGAAUUUAUAGAGAUGUAGAACAAAUACAAAGUGAUAUAGAUAAAUUCUUUGAAUUAUUUAAAGGUUUAAAUGAUAGAUUACAAUUAGAAAGUGAUCAAAAUAAAAAUCAAACAUCUAAUAAAACAAAACUAAUGAAUAAUUAUAAUGAUAAUAUAUACGAUAUUAAUAAUAGUAAUACAAUAAGUGAAGGAGGUUUUACUAGUAAAGAUAAUAAUCAAUCUAUAGAAAAAGCAAAUAAUAAUAGUUCAACUAAAUUAAUAGGAAAAAAUUUUCAAGAUUGUUUUAUUAAAAGUGAUAAAAAUAAAAAAUCAAAUAAACAUGAUAUGGCACAAAAUAAAUUUUCAUUUAAUCCCAGCAAAAAAAUGAAAAACCAACCGAAAAUUUUAAGUAUGAUACAAAAUAUUACAAAAGGGAAAAAUCCAGAAAAAAAAAGUAUAUAUAUAGAUAAUAAAAAUGAAAAUGAUAUAGACACACAAAAUAAUAACAACAAUAAUAAUAAUAAUAAUAAUAAUAUUUUUAAAAAUAAAGAACAAUCAGAUGUUAACAAUAAAUGUAGUAGCUUAAAAUUAGAUAAUGCUAAAUUAUUAAUAGCAUCCUUCAGAGAAAUAUUAAAAAAAGAUAUAUAUGAUAAAUUUUUUGAACUUAUUAAAGAAACAAAAAAAAAAAGUAAUGAAAAGAAAUAUGAAAUAUUAAUUAAUAAUAUACUAGAAUUAAUUACUCAAAAUUUUAUAAAAGGAAAUAAAGAAAUCAAAAAUCUUAAUAUUUCAGAUGAAAAACAAAAACAUAUUCUUUUUAAUGAUAUUAUGAAUGAUCAAGAAUUAAUACAUAUAUGGAAAUUACUUAUUAAAUUAAUAAAUAAUUUCUUUCCAGUUCAAGAAAAAGAAAAAUGCUUUUUUAUCCUACAGAAAAGAUUUAAAGAAAGAACAACAGAUUUUGAUGAACUUGAAAAAUAUGUGUACAAUUAUAGGUUAGAAAAAAUUGAAAUCAUAUAA